AUGCAGGGUUGGCCUAGCCAGUGCGUUGCUGAGCCGAGCGACAUGGUGGGAAUGGACUUGCAGUGGCACAACCAGACUCGCUUGCUUGAUGCUGACGUGGCAGUCGAUGGCGAGGAGGUAACGAAGCUUGAGGCCAAGGCGAGACUCGAGGCGGAGAAGGCGGGGAGGAGAAGCGCGACCCGACGCAGCAGGAAGGGACGCGACGCUGACGGCCAGCUCGUGGUCGCGCGUGACGCUGAUGACGCUGCUGAUGGCCGUGACGCGUCUGAGGGCGGUGAUGGUGGUGAUGGGGCAGCGGCAGCAGCAGCAGCAGCAACAGCAGCAGCCGGGGCAGGGGAUAGUGACGCGGAAGCAACCGAGAGCGAGAAUGAGGCCCGUCGCCCCGUGCCGUCCAUCCGCCCGCCUCGUCGCUCCGCCUCCCGCGCCUCAAGAGCAGGCGGCAGCAGCAGCAGAGCAGGCACGCGGCCGGGCCCGCCUGUGGCGCUGAGCGUGCGGGACGACCGCGGGUGGACGAUGCUGCACAUCGCCAGCCACAUGGGCAACGUGCGCAUGGUGCGGCAGCUACUGGAGGAGGGCGAUGUGGCAGUGGACGAGCCAUCGCUGGGCCCAAAGCACGCGGGGGCCACGGCGCUGCACCUGGCGGCAGCAGCGGGGCACAUAGCGGUCAUGGACGCGCUGUUGGAGGGCGGCGCGAACAUUGAAGCGCGCACGCGCGGUGGUUUUGGCUGGACGCCCCUGCACCACGCGGCGCGGCACAACCGACGAAGAGCAAUUCGUUUUCUUUUAGAAAGUGGAGCGUUCCUAGCAGAGGACAUGCAGGACCCGCGCUUCAACCCGCCGCUGCACUACUGCCGCAGCCUGCAGUAUGCCUACCAGCUGCAGCAGAACAUGGCUGGGGGCGGUGGUGGGGAGGGGAGUAGUAGUGGCGAUGGCCGCGAGUUAGAGAGUGGGAGCGGCGUGGACGGAGGGGUGGAAGGAGGGGUGAUGGGGGAAGGUGGGGAGGAGGGGGAGGGGGCGGUGGUGGGGGGUUGA